AUGAUUUCAAAAGACUAUAAGGUUAUAAAAGCCCUCGAAAUUCUUGAGUUUGAGGACUUUUCUGCACUUACUCUACACUAUCUGGGGAAUCUCAGAAACAUCAUUUUGGACACCAUUCAACCCAUCCUGCCAUUCGAACACAAUUUGAACAACAUGUUGGAGGAUAACUAUAAUUUCGCUCUUUGGGAACUUGCCAUAUUCUCAAUCAUCCAUAUCGUCCAGUUUGUGGUGAGGUUCAUCCAAGAACGUCGAUACUGGCAUCACGACAGACCCCGCAGCUUCGGUUGGUGCUUCACGUACUCCUGGUGGGGGAUGAUAGGCAUGUUGUCGCAGCUCCGAAUUGCCGGGUCAGCCAUGCUUAUUUCUCGCCCUGAACCAACCAAGCCAAUCCUGGUUGCCGAGACUGUUCUGCAAGGGAUCGGGCUCUCAUUUCUUCUUUUUGAAGUCAGCCUUGUUCUUCUUCGAAGCGGACAGUCAGGUCGGACAGGUCCUGGGAACUCGAGACAUCCCACCCAUGUACGAUUCACCCUUCAUUUUUUUCGCUUUCCGGCUAUAAUAUCCAUUAUCCUCGUUUUGGUGGGACGGACCAUCAAUAUCCGUGCAUGUGCCAUCAUCGGGCUUGCGGGGAUCGUGGCCUUCGUCCUCACCCUUGCACUCGUGUGGUGUGUUGUGCUUGGGCUGGUGGCAAAAUCCCACAAAUUGCUCUCCGUCCCCGCACAAAGGGCUGUGCUAGUAGUCUUUGCGUCGCUUCCGUUUUUGACAUUGAGGACAGCGUACUUUCUGCUUGCGGAGUAUCCAAGCAAGUAUGGAAGAGUCGGUGGAAAUGUGAAUUUCAAGGGUGGAGCUGAACUGAUGAUGGAAAUCAUUGUAGUUGUAUUGUUGAUUGUCGCCCGCACAAUUGCAGAGCCGCUAUGGGCCGCCCUUCCUGAGACUACCUUGUUUUAG